ACUUUCCAUGUGACAGCAGAGGUGGACAGUCCGAGUCAAAAACAGGAAAACAACACAUAAAGAGUGAGAGAAAGCAAAAGAGGGAGGUGAGAAGGUAGGACGGAAAGCAACAAGACAUUAUAAGCCCCCCUCUGCUUUAGUGCUUAUAUCAAUCUCAUGACGCAGUCUCAAAGGACAGUUCCUUGCUCUAAGUUGUAUAUUAGCACUGAGCUAGAUAUCUCUGAAUCAGGUCGUUGGUACCUCUUGGACUCUGAGAACACGGCAGUUGAAGGUGACAGCUGUGGACUUCAGAUAGCACAUGUAAACAGGCUGUCAGCAGAAUAGUCUCAUAGACUUCAAUCAUCACUGCAUUCAGUAAUACUACGGUGCUUUCAGUGAAGACAAACCAAGAUAAGGUUACACAUUUUUUUUAUCUACCAUGGAGUCCGGGUCGUCACCUUUUCAUUCAAGCCAAGACAGCCAUAUUUCACAAGUGGAAAAUGAUCUGGUACGCAAGGGCCCCCGUCGCAAAAGGGAGUUCAUACCUGAAGAGAAGAAGGACGCCCUCUACUGGGAGAAACGUCGUAAGAACAACGAGGCAGCCAAACGAUCACGGGAGAAGAGAAGGAUGAACGAUUAUGUGCUGGAGUCUCAUCUCAUGGCCCUGAAAGAAGAAAAUACCAAGCUUAGUGCUGAAUUAAUGGCCAUCAAGUUGCACUUUGGCCUAGUCCACCCUGGAGCCUAUACUGCCCACCAUGUCCACAGCAGCACCCAGCCUAUAACUGCCACUGGCACACAACACCAGGCCCUGCAGAGGGACUACUACUGGGGUGGUAGAGACACUUCUGUUAUACCACGCCACCAACCGUCUCCCCCUGUUUUUAUCCCUGCAUACGCCAUCCAUAGCAUGCGGGGCUAUUCAUACUUGAACCCAUCCGGUGCUACUGGCACUGGCCUCCUCACUCCCCUUGUCCUCCCUCAAAAUCUCCUGCCCACCCAUGCUUCCCAUCCUGGAGCUCCCCUACUGAAGCCCAUUCCUACGAGAGCCGGCUCAGAUGAGGAGGAGGAGCAGCAGGUCCCAGGGGUGUUGUCCCUGUCCUGCUGCGCUCCACCCCAGAAAAUCACCUCCAGAGGACACAGAAACUACUCUCCACCAAAACGGUACACAUCCGACUAAUACAGAGGGGUGUAUGCAGUUGUUAGAUUGACUGACUGAGAAACGAAUUCUUCAGUUCUCUUUAUGUACCGUCAAAUACUCCUGCUGAUGCUGUAACUUUAAGAGCUCUAUUUUUGUUUAUUAUUGGUGCAUUGUAUUCGAAAAAAGUGCACAAGCCGUUGAAACCUCCACACUCCCCACUUUUGUGUGACAGUUCUAUGUUGAAUGAUGAUCAUUCAGCCAAAUUAGUGACCAGAUAGUAAGCAUUUGAAUAGAAUUCAUUCAUAUACAAGUUCCCACACACAAACUGUGAUACAAAAAUAGAACUCUGAAGCUACAUCAGCUCUUCUUCGUUUGUACUUUUUUCAGCAUGUCAAAAUUCAGCAGAUGUGAACAAUUGUGGGUUAUGAAUAAGAUACAGUACACACACAACCAAGUAUGAAUGGUGACCACAACUGUGACAGAACUAUAUGCGUGUCUGAUGUCAACUUGUAUUUUGUUGAUGGAUAAACAUUUCUUGGUCCUAAUAUACAUCUGCUGACCAGCAAUUGUAUUCUCAACUAGAUUACUGUUCAAUCGAGCAUUUGCCUCCUUUUUUCAUACAGUGAAAUACAGCUGAAAACAUGUGUUAAUCCAAAUUACAUUUUUAAAGAUAAACUUGUUGGCUAUUAAAAAAAAAAAAAAAGACAACAUUUCCACCCUGGACUGAGAUUACUUUGUUGAUAAGGGACAAACACUUCUCUUUUUUUUUUUUUUUUUGUAAUUGUUGGUGACAAACACCCUCUGGGUGGAAACAGUGAAUUAUGAUGAUGUACCUCUUUGGUUUUCCUGUGUGGGCAGUAAUAGUCAUCUUUCUCCAUAUUGUGACCACAGUGUGUCUGAAUAUUCCAAUAUGUUUGGGGUUGACAUUUUGUUGAAUACAUUUCAAAUGUAAAAAGAAGAUUAAAACAAUUAAGUUGAGAAUUGUGAACAA